AUGUCUCAGCAGGGUGGCACCUAUCGCCCCCCGGGGUCUCUGUUGUCAUAUCAGAUUCGCGUAGGUAAUAGGACAUUGGGCUCAAAGCCCACGAGCAAAGAAGCACACGAUACCAACGUUUCGAAACCAUUGACCGACGACCAACGUUCCGAUAACGAAAAGGAACUCGGCGAAGAAUGGGAGGUCGUUGAGUGGCCUGUUGUAGAGGACAAGGAAGAGCAUGGCCCUUGUGACGGCUGCAGGACAUAUAGGAGUCAGUUCAAGCUUGAAUUGGGUACUGGUAGUUGGAAGACAACUGUUUGCGACUGGGAGGCGAAUGUUAGGGUUGCCUCGUGA